AUGGUGAGGGAGAAUGAUGUUUUACUGGAAAAUAUAUGUACUAUGGAGGGACUGCCACAAAAGCAUAAUUUUUCACACUGCUGCCAUAAGGCUGACUUUGAAAGAAAACAUUGUUUCCUCCAUAAUAAGAAAGCUGAUGUAGGAUUUUUGCCUCCUCUCCCUACUCUGGAUCCUGAAGAGAAAUGCCAGACUUAUAAAAAUAACAGAGAAUCUUUUCUAAACAAUUAUAUCUACGAAGUUUCCAGAAGGAACCCCUUUGUUUUUGCCCCUACACUUCUUACUGCUGCUGCUCGUUUUGAGGAGAUGACUAAAACAUGCUGUGAAGAACAAGAAAAAGCUAACUGCUUUCGAACAAAGGCAGAAACUUUCAUACAAUAUUUAAAAGCAUUAUCUUCUUAUCAAAAAAAUGUCUGUGGGGCACUUAUGAAGUUUGGACCGCAAAUCUUAAAAUCUAUAAACAUUGCUGUACUUAGUCAAAAAUUCCCCAAGAUUGAAUUUAAGGAACUUAUCUCCCUCCUAGAAGAUGUUUCUUCCAAAUAUGAUGGAUGCUGUGAAGGGGAUGUUGUGCAAUGCAUCCAUGGCAGGAGCAAGGUUAUGAGCCAUAUUUGUUCAAAGCAAGAUUCCAUCUCCAGCAAAAUCAAAGAGUGCUGUGAAAAGAAAAUACCAGAGCGCGGCGAGUGUAUAAUUUACUCAAAUAAAGAUGAUAGACCAAACAACUUACCCCUAAGAGAAGCAAAGUUUACUGAAAGCGAAAAUGUGUGUGAGGAACGAGAUGCUGACCAAGAGAACUUCAUGGCUGAGUUUCUUUAUCAAUACUCAAGGAGACAUCGAGAACUGUCCACACCAGAGUUGUUAAGAAUUGCUGGAGUGUAUGAGGAUCUCCUGAGAGAGUGUUGCAACACGGAAAACCCUCCAGACUGUUACAGACAUGCGGAAAACAAAUUCAAUGAGACAACUGAGAAAAGCCUCAAGAUAGUACAGCGAGAAUGUGAACAUUUUCAGAUCUCGGGGAAGGACGACUUGAAAUACCACUACCUCAUCAAUCUCACAAAACUAGCCCCCCAGCUCUCCACUGAAGAACUGACCUUUCUUGGCAAGGAAAUGGUGACAGCUUUGACCACCUGCUGUACACUGAGUGAAGAGUUUGCCUGCGUUGAUAAUUUGGUGGACUUAGUUCUUGGAGAGUUAUGUGGAAUAAAUGAAAAUCGAAGUAUCAACCCUGCUGUGGACCACUGUUGUAAAACAAACUUUGCCUUCAGAAGGUCCUGCUUUGAGGGCUUGGAAGCCGAUAAGACGUAUGUGCCUCCACCUACCUCUCAAGGUUUAUUUACCUUUCACACAGACUUGUGUCAGGCUCAUAAUGAGGAGCUCCAGAGAAAGAAAGACAGGUUUCUUGUCAACUUAGUGAAACUGAAGCCUGAACUUACAAGGGUGGAGCUGCAGUCAUUGCUGGUGGAUUUCACAAAUGUGGUGAAGAAGUGCUGCCAGGCCCAGGGGCCUGAAGCCUGCUUCAAGGAAGAGGGUCCAAAAUUGUCAGCCAAAAGUCAGGUUGCUUGA